UGCUCUUGCUUUACCAGAGCUAAACAUUAUUAACGCCUCUAGUUUCGUAUAAUUUAUACAAAAUAAACAUACCUUAAUCCCACUAUUUAUUGUCUUGUAAUCAUUGCGGAAAUUGAUGUUGUUGGAUAUUGUUUGUGUAUAAGAUCUAAAGAGUUUUUAGGAUGAAAUAUUUCUUAUUGUGUUGGUGAAAGUGACUGAAUUAUUUCAUUUAGCUUGACCUUACAGCAUGGGAAGAUGGCGCGACUGGAUAUUUACACGACCCGCAGAGUGCUAGAUUUUCUUCAGUUUAUCUUUAUUUUACUGACAGUGCAACAUUUUACUUCUUAUGUUAUUGCAGUAGAAAGCCAUAAUCAAGCCUUUGUACAAACAGACAAGCAUUUAACAUUUAUUGUGGCUGAUAGGUAUAUUGGCUCUGGUGUACCAGUAGAGAUAAAACCUGCCUCUACGCUAACAUUACAAGAUGAUAGUUUUUAUUCCAAUAACAUUAGCCUGGAUCCUCCCAUGCUUGAUUUUCAUGAACAGCCUGUUGGGAUGCCAAGAAUGGAAAAAGUUUUUAUUCAAAACAAUGAUCCAAGGCACAGCUUGCAUCUUUUGUCUAUUUCGGGCAGUACUGUUCAUUUUCAUUGCUCAUUUUUCCAGGACAAAAUUGUCCCACCUGGGGGAAACACAAGUUUUGAUAUUGUUUUUCUUGCCCGCCAGGUGGGCAAUGUUGAAAACACAUUAUUUAUUCAUACCUCCAUAGGUAUAAGAAGGUAUCAGGUAUUUGGUGUAGGUGUUCCAAAUCCUUAUCGCCUACGUCCGUACCUGGGAGCAAGGGUUCCCAUCAACAGUAGUUUUACACCUGUUAUUCAGAUGCAUAAUCCAUAUAGUACCAGACUCCAGGUGCUGGAAAUGUUUUCUAGUGAAGGAGAUUUACAUUUAGAGUUACCAUCAGGGGAAAGAGAAGCGUCACAAGAAUUAUGGGAGUUAAAACCUUUUGAAACAAAAGAAGUAAUGAGAGCUAGCUUUGUAGGUAGAAUAGAAAGUAAUCAUUCAGCAUUCAUACGCAUCAAAACCAAUAAAGAAGAUGAACAUAGGAGUUCUCCACAAUUGUUAAUAUUACCAUUAGAGAUUGAAGUUUCAUCAGAUCCUGGUAUUUAUUCUCCUGUGGAGUUGUUAGAUUUUGGUAUAUUAAGGACUUUAGAUGAGCCAAAACAUUUACGCCUUAAUCUUAUCAACACAGGGCCAAAAGCUGUUCACAUUACAAGUGUGACUGUUUCCCCUCCUAAUGAUGCUGUGAGUGUGGAUUUCCGUCCUUUUAAAUUACAGCCUGAUGGGAGUAGGCCAACAACAGUAGCCCAGAUCACUUUUAGAGCUGUUAAAGCUUUACAAUCAAAGCAAUGGGCUGGAAAAAUUGUGAUCAAAACAAAAAAUAAUAUUCAAAGAUUGGCCAUUCCAUAUCAGGCCAAUGUCUUACAUGGGUCUCUAGUAUAUAAUGUGAAUACAACACAUUUUUUUAGUGCAAAAGCUUUAUGGAAUGUUAGCAGGCCUGUCACCUUCACUAACACAUUUCAUUUCUCUAUAGUCAUCUAUAAUGUCAGCUUGCCUCCAGAGGUGUCACAAUAUUUUACAAUUGUAAAUUUCACAAGGCCUGUGAUUAUUCAGCCCCAGCAAAGUCUGACAAGUUUCGUGCUCAAGUUCCACCCAAAUCAAACACAGGUUCAUUUCAACACAGUGUUGACUCUCAGCACAAAUGCCUCCACCUUUACCAUUCCUAUCAUAGUUUAUAAUGGCCUAAUGAAGGUGAUACAUCAUAGGCCAGAAAAAUUUGAAGGGCAGUUAGAUUUUGGCACUCUAGGUGUUGGAGAGUGUCGUAGUAUGAUUUUCACUAUCCGCAACGACAACCCAGUUGAUAUAGUGGUAGCCCGAUUUCAAACAAAUAUGUCUUGGGCAUCUGUAGAAAUUUUAGGAAUGGAAAAGGGUAAUGGAACAACCCUUACACACAAGCAUAAUCAAUCUGAGAUAAACAUAGACCCAUUAUAUAUAAAGCCUUAUCACUAUGCAGUGUUCAACGUUAGCAUUGUUGCCCCUGAAGAAGAAGGGGCCUAUGUAGCAGACAUUUGGAUGUUCACACAGUUCCAGGAUCUUUUUACGCCAAUCAUUUUCCGUGCUGCCAGAGGCAGCUUACAUGCCAUUCCAGAUAAAUUUAUCUUUGAUAAAGUUUAUCCAGGUCGAGUACCUUAUAAAGUGUUACAGAUACACAGCACUUUUGAUGAUUAUAUGGAGGUCACACAGGUGACCUUCCAACCAGCAGAUAACAGAUUUUAUUUUAUUCCACAAAACAGCAACACUGUGCUGCUUCAGCCUCACGAGCACAGUAUUGUAGGAAAAAUUUUCUUUGAUGCAAAAAAAGAUUGCAGAGAUGAUUGUUAUGUGGGGCUACCAACAUUAUCUCCAGCUGGACAUCAGUGGCUCCUGGGGAUGGUGUUGGAUAAAGAUGUGGCAGAUACUGACCAAUAUUUAUAUACAAAAUUACAGCAGAAGUGGGAAAAAUUAGAACAUUUACAACAAAGCAUAGCUAAUGUCACCAUAGAACUAGAUACCAAUCAAGUUCGAGGGUUUUUAUUCUCUGCCCAGGCCCACCUCCAGUGGCCCUCACUCAUAAGAAAAUCUAAAAUUAAAUAUCCUCUUACACAGAUAGGAAAUAUGUCUAUAUCAGAUUUUAUUGUAGAAAAUAUUGGCGAUGAAGCCGUGGUUGUGCAAGUACUUCCACUAUCAUUCUAUCCCAAUCCACAUACAAUCCUAGAACUUUUGGCAGCAAGAUUCUCCCAAGACUUAACAGAUUAUAUAGAGAGUGACGACACAAACACUUUUGUUCUGUAUGAUCUGGAACCAGUCGGAAAAAGCAGCACCACUGCUUCUUAUCUAGCACAACAUCGAAAAACUGUGGAAAGUAUUUUAGGGGUUAUACCCCAUAAACAUACUUUGGCAGCAAUUUUACAGCCGGGUACAAAAAUAAAGGUCAAAGUUGGGUUUCAGCCAAAAGAUGACCUUGCCAGAUCUUCGCUCAUUAUUAUUAGAAAUAACUUGACUAUUAUUGAUGCCGUUGUGGUUCAAGGUCAAGGACGUAAGGGGGAGAUGAGGUUUAAUAAUAAAAAGCCUGGUUCACACUCAGCUUUGACCUUUGAACUAACAGAAAAGCACUUGAAAAACUGUGAUACUUCAGAAAAAAAGAAUAAAAAUGUUAUGCCCAACUUUACAGUACGGAGACCUUUUACACUGAGAAACACUGGAGAGUUACCUUUUUACAUUCAUGGUUUCAGUAUCAAUGAGUUACCUUGUGAAGGAUAUGGUUUCAAAGUCUUUGACUGUUCCGGGUUUGAGAUGCCCCCCAAUUCAAGCCGCAAAAUAAAUAUAGCAUUUACUCCAGAUUUUACCAUGUCACAGAUACAGAGAAUGUUGACAAUACAUACCAGCCUUGGCUCUCCGGCCAAUGAGGCCAACUACUCUCUCCAAGCCAUGGUGCCAUACGAUCUCUUGUCCCAGUGUUCUGCAGCCUUGCCGCGCCCUAACUGGGAGCCACUCUUGUACUACUUUGUGGUGGUGAUGAUGGGCUUCUUCAUCUGUUGUAUCAUAGUGCUAGCCUACUUUGAAUCAGACAGGGUCAUGGCAGAAUAUUUUCGCAAAAAAAUUAAGGUUACUAAUGGGACACCUACUUAUGAAAAAUCUAAAGUAUUUGACUUGAAAAAUAUCACCGGCUUGCCCGUGUCACCUACUCAGAACUCGUCAAAUACUUCAAAUUCAUCCAUUGCAAAAGCAGCACAGACUAUACCUAAUGGAAAUUAUGGUGGCAGCAGAAAUAUAUUAAACAGUUACACAGAUACAGAUAAAGAUAGGGGACACCUCAAUAAUCUCCAGGAUCAUGUAAAUCAUAUUUUAAAUUCCUCCAGUGCUGGGAAAGCUAAUUCUUCAAAUAGUAGCAGACAAACGAAGUUUUCUCUUUUAGGAAGCCUCAAGCAUAUUUUUACAUAUUUUUAUAAUUUUAGCAGUUCUUCUAGGAAAUCCACAUCUUUACAAGAUAAGCCCUUGAUGAGGGACUCUGGGACCUCGCCUCCGAGCCCAGUACAGAAACCUACCGCCACAGUGUCGGCCUUGAGGCAGGAGCCUGUGGCACCUGUGACUAGCAGCAACAACCAAGAACACCUAGUGCUUUCAGAGAAAGCCAAUCCUAACAACAGUAGUAACUAUAACAACCGCUCCCGAAAGGGACGACUGAACAACCGCAGGCAGAUUGUAGUUGAUGCCUCGGGCGACACAAACGAUCAGGGUUUCAAAAAGUUAAAAGACAGCAAGGAACCCACGUCCUCUCUAGAGUCCACCUCAGUCAAAAGAAACUCUAAUUCAAUAAUAGAUGAUUUUGAUGAGUGGCCUGUGAAAUACACAGAUGAUAUGGACAACAUUGAAGAGUUGGACUUCAAACCAGAACUGGCCAACUCCAAGAUAGCCAACAAGAGAUUAACCAAAUCACAGAAAUCAAAGUCAAGAGCAGAUCACAAUAAAGAGAAUAUUUUACUUCAUCGAGAAAAUGCUUUAGCAGAUGAUGGAGAUGAUGUCUCUUCUACGACUACUGAGUCCUCUGGUGGAGAUGUGGAGGACAAGCACUCACUAGGACCUGACAAUACAUCAGAAGUGACCACUGCACCAGUAGGUAGCAACGGCAGUGCUGGCAGGAGGUGGAAGAAGGGAGGCAACAAACAGACAGAACGACUGGUAGUGGUCACCAAUGGAGGGGAGAUGAUUGAUGAUGACUCCAACUUUGAGGUGACUUCAAAAUCCAAAGCUCACAGAAAGAUCAGAGUCAACAAAGAAACAUUUGGUGGGGACGUCAUGAUUCCAAGCACACUUGAGCUUCCGUACAGUCUUCCUAAAGAAAAAGAACGAGCUGAGAGCAACUCUAGCAAAAGAUCCAAGAAGCCUAAAAAAAAUGCCAAAGAAAGAGGUUCGUCAUCUCCAAAUCUUUAUCCUGUGGAUGGAGCAGACGGCUCUUCUGACACUGGCAGAGAAUCCCCUCUGCCCAUCUGGAAUGAAUCUUACCUAACUGAGCAUGACCUAGUUCCCGGAGAUCUCACAGAACUGUCACUCCAGACAGAAUCCUUUGUUCACAAACACUCCAGAAAUUUGGCUUCUGCUCCCAGCAACUCACUGAUACCUGGCAGUUUGAUGUCCAGUUCUGCUCAGUCAAAUUCACUGUCUUCAUCCUCCUCUACUGGACCUUUCUCUGCCGAGCGUCUGUCCACUGGCAACCGGUCUGGGAGCUACAGCAGCAUUGUCAGCAAUUCCAACAGUCCAAGCAUUCCUGAGCCACUUGGCCGCAAUGCUGUGGGCAUGGGAGGUCGCAUUGGCAACCUAGUCCAGUCAUCUGACAACUCCAUGUUCGCCUCUCCUAGCUUUAAUUUGUUCACAGAGAAUGGUCUUGCUGGAAUAAUGCCAGGAAACUUGGUCUCCAACAAAAACAGUCAUGGCGUUUGGACUUCUGGACCAGCUCCUGGCAACUACUCUGACACUAACUGGUUUCUCCACAGUGGUGUCUAUGGCCUGCAUCCUAUUCCAGAAACUAAUAACUUACCAGGGUUUGCUCCACCUGCAGUUAGAGGUCUUGAUGGUUAUCGUUAUGGUACUAAUGAUCCUGCUGCGUUAUAUGUACAUCCUAUGUAUCAAGGUGGUAUCCAUGACAACCUGAACCAGCCACAAAUGACCAUGAUGCAGCAGCUCCAGGCUGAGCGACGGAGACGCUUAUGGGAGCACCACCAGAAGUUAAGCAAAGGUGAAGAUUGGCCUGGAUUCAGUACCCCCCCAGCUGUAAGAACUGAAAGUUUCUGGGAUGACUUCAAUACAUCACCAGUUGAACCCAACAGUUGGUCUCAAGUUAACACCAAUGCCCCAGCCAAUGGGUUCUGGAGUACAUUGACCACUUCUGGGUGGUCCUCACUCCAGUCACUUGCUACCAUCUGGGGCAGCACUCCUGAACACAGUGGAAGUGGAUACAACACAACACCCUCCUCACAGUCUUCUUCACCAGCUGUUCAGCAGUUGACCACCAACAGCCCACCUUUCAACCCUUUUACUUCAAUGGCUGAUAUUUGGGGCCCAAGUUCACAGUCCAGUACCCUCAAUUCAGCAGGGGGAAUACAAGGUUCCACCAGUCAGCCUCAGUGGACCCCUUUAGGGCCCUCUGUGUCUCCUGCUCCAACCACGCCCCCAGUUCACAAAGACGAGUAAAGCUAGACUCAGUGGAUAAGUCAAUGUGUGAAACAUUACAGUAUACAUGAGUAGCCUGAACACAUCACCCAGCUUUUAAAGCAAUUCAGUUCUUAAAUUUGUGUCAUAGAGAAUAGUUUUAUUGUAUGUUACUUAAUUUUUAAAAAAUAAUGGCCUUAGAAUGUUGAAAGGUAUUUUAAUUUUAUUUUGUAUAAAUUCAAGAUUUUCCUGAGAUAACAAUGGCAGAGUAAAAUAAUAAAAUGUCCCCCCUUAUGACUAGGAAGCAUUGUUUUCAGUUUGAAUACUUGGGUAAGAAAUAACAUGACAUUGUUUAACUUAGGGACAUCAUUUCAAGCCUCUUGUGUGCCUGCUGUUUCUCUAGAACCUUUUCUUUGUUGUUGUCUAGUAUUUACCCAAAGCAUGCUUGAGAAUGUCUAAAUCUUGUGAGAUGUAAAUAGACUCCUAUUGGAGGUUGACUCAUACCAGUGAAUCUAUUUUUGUUUGGUUUCAAUUUGUUCAUACAGAAAUUUAUAUGUGGUACAAAUAAUUCAAAGAUUAGGACACCUAUUUUUUUUGUGUGUGUGUUUGACCAACAUAAGUAUGUAACCUCGAAAAAGUCAUCCAGAUAUAUUACUAAGACAAAAUCUUAACUUUCAACUUCUAGAACGGAAUAAAGACAAUGACUAUUUGACUUUGAACUAACAAUGGCACACAGACUUACAUUUUUUGUUUGUUAUUAGGCCCUUGGUUGAAUAUUAAGUUAAAUUGAUGAUGGUGGUUGAUCUAUAAAUAUUUUAACUAAAUAAAGAAUGCAUUUAAUUUUAGUUGAAUGUGUGCUUAAAGGUGUGUAAUUUUUUCUUCUUACCUAACUUGUAUAUUUACCUAUCCCACCGCAGCAACCAUUGGUUUCAGUGUUUUCUUUGUGUGUCAGUCGGCAUGGCCAUUUUUUUUUUUGUAGAGUAUACAAAAUGUAUUUUGCUUAUUGCUAUGACAUGGCUGUAUGUAUGUAUUGUUAUGAAAUGUCCAAAUAUUCUUUUUGCUUACCUUUUCCUGAGCUGAGUAGCGUGUGACAGUACUAUGGAUUUAGGGUAUGAUCUGUUUUGAUACUCAGCAAUAGUAUGUUAGGACAGAGCUCUCCAUGGACAUCAGGAGAAAAACUAUGUUUAAUAAAAUCUCUGUUUAAAUUUCCUCAAAGGGAUGGGAUAUUAGCAAUGUUAAUGAUAUUAAAUUUACUUUUCAAGGAGUUUGAAAAAGUUUAUACUCUUGCCUGUAUGUUUGUAUGAUAUUUGCACUUGUGUACACUAAUGGGCAAUUGUUGUAGAAUUACAAAAUGUUUUUCCCUGUGACAGUUUGAACUGAUAAGAAGUAUUGUUGUUUUUUUUUACAUUGUAAAUGUUUAUCUCUGUGAAGAUGCAAGGAUGGAAUAAUUGUCCUUAUGUAAAUUGUGUGUUGUCUUCUAAACUCUUGUGUCAAUGGGUAGAUUCAAGCUGAAAUUGUUUCACACAUUGACAUGGCUGGCUUGCCUCCUCUGAUACUAGAACUAAAUUGACAAAUCUGUAGUUAGAUGGUUUCAUUUGGAUUCCUCUGAAAAAAAGAAAGAAGACCUCAAUGUGUGUGGUCAAAAUUUGGAGCAGCAAAUGGUGCACUUUGUUGCAUUUCCAAAAAGAGAGAAGUUAAAUAUUAGCUGCCUCUCACUUGUUGAUAAAGUGACAUUGAUGGAAGGAUAGAAACUGUCACUACUGCUAGCACUUACUAUGUCCUCUAACCUCGGCUUUGAUCAAAUAUUACCAAUCAGUGACUUAAAGGGUUUGUGUACUGUAUGACAAAAUAUUUCAUAAUUAAAUGAAGUCUCAGGGCAAUUUAAAAAAAACAAAUGAGACUUGACUUUGUCUAUCACAAUGUUUGAUACUUCAAUUCUUUCCUUUACCUGGAAAGUGACUGUACACCAAUUCCUAAGCCUUACCAGUUAUACAUAUUAAUAAUACUGAAAACUGAAACCAACCAUAGAUGGCAAAACUCUGUUAUAUUGUCAUACAUUAUCCAAAAGUGUAUACACAUUAGUGUGUAGGAUGUAUUAAAGAUCUGUCAGGGAAAUUAUUCAUGGGGUUAAUGAAACAUACAUAGUCUCUUCAGGGAUUUAGUUUUAAUUGAAUACAAAAGCUGGUGGCAUUACUGAUGUUGUCUUUAUCCAUACAUGAUUGUAUUUUUUGAAUGAGCUUGAAACCAGGGUUUUCAUUUUAUGUUGACGUUUUCACUGAUUUCAAGUUGAGAAUCAUGUGCAUUGCUUGUAGUUCUAGUUGCAAGAGUUUGAAAAACAGUUAAUACAGCAUUGGACUUUCAUUAUUGCCCUUCUCAUGGGCAUUUCUAAAUACAUAAUUUAACUACCGUUAUCUCCCUCGUAGUGUAAUUCCUUUUUUUUUUAUUAGAUACCAGUAAUAAAAAAUUAAGAUUUUUUUUUAGCAAACUUUAAAUUUUUUACUGUAGCGAGGCUUCUUCUUCUAAUGUAUAUUUAAAAUGAAAUUUAAAAAAAUUUUUGUAUAAAUAUAUGAAGAAAUCCUGGCAGCACAUGUUGAAUUCAUUUCUUGACAGACUUUAAUCAAUCCUAGUUUACUGUAUGUCCCAAACUAAGACCACAACUUAGCUUAUUAGAAAUGCAUUUUCUGAUAUUGUUUUAGCUAAAUCCAAAUGUGAGAUCUGAUAAAUUCUUCCAACAGUUAGUCCUCUUAAUGUUUUGAGCUAUUGGUUUUUUAUCAAAUACUGUGUUUAAAGUAAAACACCAAGUGACCAAUAUAUAUUUUUGUUAAUUUUAAUUACAAAGUCUGUAAACGUUUGUAAUGGCAUUUUGUUUCAAUAAUGGCAGAAAAUAAUUAUCUGCUUCACAAGACUGUGUCUUUUUUAUUUUUAGUUCAUUUCAUUUCUAAUUUAGUUGAUUACUCAGGUUUCAACAUUUGUUUUCCUUAUAGAUCUCAUAUAGGUUAGUGCUGUUUGACAAUUUCAAAACCUGAUUGGUUAAAUCUGAAACAUUCAAAUCUACUACUUGAUUGGCUCAUAUUAAGCUAAUGAGCUUGAUAGAAAGUGUGACUAUCCAAAUAUCUGCUGCUACUAUAUGACAAACAAAUAAAUGAACUGUUUUUAAUGCA